AUGUUCAUCAAGAACAUCAUCAUAUCCGGCUUUCGCUCGUAUCGCGAGCAAUCGUUUCCAGAUGGACUCUCCCCCAAAACAAACGUGAUUGUAGGCAAGAACGGUUCUGGAAAGUCCAACUUCUUUGCCGCUAUUCAGUUUGUGCUGAACGAGAAAUUCGCCAACUUGCGCGCUGUGGAGCGGAAGGAACUUUUUCACGUGGGGAGUGGGAGGCCGGCGCUAUCUGUCUUUGUGGAAAUCGUGUUCGAUAACUCGGAUGGUCGGCUUGUCAUACCGGGCCGCGCUGAGGAGCCGGAGGUACGAAUCCGCCGCACAGUUGGCCUAAAGCAGGAUGAGUUUCGUGUGAACGAUCGAAAGUUCUCUGCGUCUGACGUCCACCAGCUUCUGGAGAGUGCUGGCUUUUCCUCCAGCAACCCUUAUUAUGUUGUGGAGCAGGGGAAGAUUGUGAGCUUGGUGAACAUGAGCGAGGAGGAGCGUUACCAGCUCAUCAAGGAUGUGGCGGGGACGAAAGUGUACGAUGCGCGACGUGCUGAGAGCGAGCACAUCCUUGCGGAGACUAAGGGAAAGCAAGGCCAGAUCACAGAGUCGAUCCGGGAGCUGCAGAACCGACUAAAGGAGCUGGAGUCCGAGACGGCGGAGCUGAAGCAGUACGAGGAGGCGGAUCGGGAAAAAAGGUGUAUCGAGUACUGCAUUUUCAAUUCUGAGCUGGAAGCGGCAAAUGGGGCGUUGCUGAAGGUAGAGGAAGAGUGGAACAAACAAUCCACGCUGUUUAACAAAACGCAGGAUGUCGAGGAGGCCUCGGAGCAGAAAAUAUCAGAUUUCUCGCAGAAAAUCAUGGACAUUUCUACCGAGAUUACCCGUCUGGAGAUGGAGAGGACGACUGUUGCGAAGGAUAUGGCUGGUCUGACGAGUAAGCAGGCGGUUGUGGAGCUGGACGCCAAUGAGGCUGCUGGGAGGUUUGCUCGCAACAACCGGGAGCUUGAGGCACUCUGGAAGGAGGAUCGAGAGCUUAGCGCGACCAUCCAGACGGUGGCCGCCGACAUUGAAAAGAAGCGAUCACUCUUCCAUUCGAGCGAAGAGGCUGCAAACAAAAAGGCUGCUGAGGUGGAGACGCAGCGCAGGGUUCUCGAGCGCCUGCAAGAGCGGCGUAACCGGACAAAACUCUUCAGGAACAAAGCGGAGCGCGACAAGUGGUUGAGCAGCGAAAUCCAGAAAAACGAAGAUUCGAUUCGAAAAUCGCAGGAGGAGCUGGAUUCGGUUCGCCGUGAAAUGGGGCGCGUGGAGAAGGAGGCGAUUGCUUUGUCGAAGCAAAUUUCGGCACCAAAUCUGUCUACUGCCGAUGUGGAUCAGAGUUUGCGGGACCACGAGGAGCGAAUCAAGGCCGCACUCGGUAAGCGAGACCAGCUAAACCAUCAGCGGCGACAGUUAUGGCAGUCGGUGCACGGCCAAGAAAGUGUGGUCCAGCGGUUCGACGAGGCGUCGCGCAACGCGAAGCAGCAGUGGGAGCGGGCUGUGCGCCAAGAUAUACGACAAGGGCUGCAGUCUCUUUCGGAGGUCCUUCACGACUUGAGAAAUCCGGCGCUCUCUGCCGCCGUACAUGGUCCGCUCAUCGAUCUUAUUGAGGUGGCGGAUGGUUACAAAACGGCUGUGGAAAUCACGGCGGGAAACACGCUCUUCAAUGUUGUCGUGGACUCGUUCGAGGUGAGCACAACUCUGCUCGCUGAGAUGAACAAGCGGCGGAAACCUGGCCGUAUUUCGUUUUUCCCGUUGGACACAUGCAGCGGGAAGGCUGUGGAGAUUGCAACGACACCGGAGUGCUCGCCGCUGCUGUCGAAGAUCAAUUACGACACGCGCUUCAAGGGUGUGGUGGCUGAGGUGUUUGGGAGGACGGCUGUCGUUGCCUCGCUGGAAACGGCGGCCACGAUGGUGGGCAAGCUGCAGUGCGAUGUCAUCACGGUGGACGGCGACCAGCUGGGGCGCAAGGGCGGAAUCACGGGUGGGUUCAUUGACAAGCGCCACAUGAAGCUUCCUCUUCGCGAGCGCGAAAAGGAGCUGGCCGCCAACCGUCAGGCAGCACGCGCAAAACUGGACAGUCUGUGCCAAGAGGUGGCCACGGUGGAGCAGAGCAUCACGGAGGUGCUCAACGAGCUUGAGGUGCUUCGUAAUCAGAACAUUUCGACGGAGCGGGAAGCAGAUGUCCGGCUGCGUGAGGCGCGCCUUAUGGAGGAUCGUCGUUCUUGCCUGGCCACUCUAAAGUCGAACUUGGCGGCAACUAAGAAAGCGGUGGAGAGUUCCAUUGCGGCGGCGACGGAGACAGUUCGGGAGCUGAAGAGGGAGCUCUCUGACGACUUCAAGAGCGCAUGGACGCCUGAGGAUGAGAAGAGGCUGGAGCAGCUGACAGAAGAAGUGGCUGCCGCUCGCGUGGCGUCGUCUGAGAUGCAGGCGAGUGCACUGCAACUGGCUACCGAGGUUCAGCUCCUGGAGGACACUGCGCGGCACGUGGAGCGGCGUAAGGCGGUUGUCGCUGACCGCAUCCGCGAGUUGGGCUGGUCGAAGCAUGCCGGCAGCACCGCGGGUGGAGAAGAGGCUGCUGUGAAGGCCGAGUUUGAGUUGCUUUCCCAGCGGCUGCAGAGUAUCGACCAUGACUUGGAGCAAGACGCUCGCGAGCGCGAGAAGCUGCAGUCGCAGCUCGAUGCGCUGACGUCGAAGCGGCUGGGCGUGGCGCGGAGCUUGCAGGAGCGCAAGGACGUCGCGGACAGGACGCAGAUGCAACGGAGUGUGCUGGUGCAACGCCGGGAUGAAGCGCUGCAGAAGAUCCGGCAGCUGGGCGUGCUGCCUCAGGGGGUUGCCAAGUUCGAGUCGGCGUCCCUCGGGAAGCUGAUGUACCACCUGAAGGCAGCCAAUGAGAAGCUCAAGGGCUUGUCGCACGUGAACCGUAAGGCUCUCGACCAGCACGCGGCCCUCCAGGAGGCUAUGAAAGACCUCACAUCGCAGCAGGAGACACUGGCCAAAGAACUGGACAGCAUUCAUGAACUGAUGGAACACUUGGACGCGAAGAAGGAGGAGGCCAUCGAGCGGACGUACAAGCAGGUUCAGUACCAGUUCGAGGAGGUGUUUAAACAGCUCGUAGGCGUGGAGAGCUGCUCGGCGGAGCUGCAGCUUGUCGCGUCUGCCGCGCCGAACAAGAAGGAGGACCCGUACACUGGCGCACGUAUAAAGGUGUCGUUUGGUCUUGGAAACCCUGUCAGCCACCUGGACCAACUCAGUGGCGGCCAGAAAUCUCUCGUCGCGUUGGCACUCAUCUUUGCGAUCCAGCGCUGCGACCCUGCUCCCUUCUACCUGUUUGACGAAAUCGACGCCGCUCUCGAUGCGGAGUACCGCACAUCUGUAGCGAACAUGAUGGCGCGUCAGUCUAGCGAGUGCCAGUUCCUCGUGGCAACCUUCAAGACGGAGCUCCUGGACGUGGCGGACAAGGUGCUCGGCAUUUUCUUCCACAACAAGAUGAGCCGCAUCCAGACCAUUGCGAGGGAGGAGGGUGUGAGGCUGCUGAAGCAGGCGGCACUUGAGGACCGCAAGCGGACCCGCGAAGCCGAGUAG